AUGGAUCAUAUCCCCCUAACUCAACCAGCCCCAGUGACUCAAACGAGCGAUACCUUGCACGAAUUGGACACUGAAAGCCCUCCGAGUACAACCGAAGCAGACUUGCGUCCUCUACGGGUCAGAGGUAAAAUGGAGCUCCUGGAAAAACCCGCAGUUUUAAUGAAUAUAUCAGCAACAAGCGACAAUGGUGAGCUGACUGGAGACGUCUACUCAAUGAGCUUGACAGCUCCUGAGAGUUUCAGUGACGGAGUCUGGCUGAUAGACCGCUCUGAGGGCCAGCUACCUGAUAACCGAGGCCUGUCAAGUCAAGUUGCCAUGCAAGUGGCGCAGCAAGUUGGACCACUUCCCAUUCACACUAGCCUAGUAUGUUUUGCAAUUUUUUCACAAAAUUAUAAGAUUAAAAUUUUUGUUCACGGGUUUCGAUGA